GUAAUUGCAACUCAGCUCGCUGCCAUGCAACAGCAGUUUGGUGUCUUUCAGCAAGUGCUGGCUCAGUUGUUAGCCCGGAACAAUCCUGGUGAUCCACUCAUCAAUCUACUUAACCCUGCCCCACCACCAAAUCCUGAACCAGUUCAACAUGCUCCCGCUGUUAGUGAAUCUCAGGGCCAAUCUCACAUCGCACCAGUCAUGCAACCCCCUCGUGAUGAGGUCAAUCGGCGUUUAGAUAGCUUAGAAAAGCUAGUGGUCGAACAGCGAGGUAUUCCACCUCCACACCCCGCUGCUGACUCCGUACCUCACCCUCUCAACACCAAUAUUAUACUGGAACCCUAUCCAGCGGGUUUCAGAAUACCACAGCUUGAAACCUACGAUGGGACGAAGGACCCCGAUGAUCAUCUACAUGCUUUCUACUCUUGCAUGCAGGCCCAGAACGCCUCUGAUGCGUUGAUGUGCAAAAUCUUUCCCUCCACUCUCCGAGGUAACGCUCGAACCUGGUAUUACAGCCUGCCUCCGAGAUCAAUCAACUCGUAUACAGAACUAUCAUCCGCUUUUGCCACUAAGUUUUCCAGUAGAAGGUUGAUAAGGAAAACCACUUCCGAGCUGAUGCGAGUCAAGCAGAGGGAUGGAGAAUCUCUGAAGAAUUUUAUGAGCAGGUUCAAUGAUGCAGUGCUAAAGGUUAACUCUUUCGAUCAAGCAGUGGGCAUCACAGUUGUGAUCUCAGGUCUUGGCCAUGAAAGAUUCAGAGAAAGUCUGCUCAAACAUCCCGCCACCACCUUCAGUGAGGUCAAUGAUAGAUUAUUGAAAUUCAUAACUGCUGAGGAAUAUGUCCUGUCGCAGAACAUCACCCCUGUUAAGAAUCAACACCCGGACUGGAGAGAUGAGAACCCGAACAGGAAACGAAUGAAGACACCACAGAACCGAGGUCCAAUGUCGACUUCCACCCUGCGACUCGGAAGGCCGAACUCAGCACCUCCGCAGCAACCUGCAGGUAAACCUCCAGUUAAUUGGACUCCUUUUAAUUUACCGAGGUCACAAAUCUUCAUGCAGAUUAAGAAUAAAAUGGACUUACGACGUCUGGGUCCAAUGAGAACUGCUGCUGCUACCAGAGACCAUACACGGUAUUGUGAUUUUCAUCAAGAUCACGGUCACACAACAGAGCAAUGCAAUAGUCUGAGGUCCGAACUGGAAAGCCUGGCGCAGAAAGGAAUGCUGAAUGAGUACAUCCAGAGAGUUGAGCAGCCACGAUUUGUCAGGGAACAAGGAACACAGCAUCAAGGAGUCCGCAAUCCCCCAAACAGGCAAGGUGUGGGAUAUCAGCAGGCCCCACCACCACUCCCACCACCAGCUAGAGUCAUACACAUGAUUACGGGAGGUCUGGAAGCAGGUGGACUGAGCUCUAAGCAGAGGAAGUUGUAUGUCAGGGAGGUUAAGCACCAGAACCGGGCUCAGAAGCGAAAAUUUGACGAUGCUGAGUGGAAGAAUCAACCCAUCACUUUCACAUCUGCUGAUCUUGAAACAGUUGUCACACCUCACAAUGAUCCUCUAGUUACUUCUGUCACGAUCAACAAUUGUGAAGUGCAACGUGUCCUUGUUGACACCGGAAGUGCACCAGACAUCAUGUACUUCCAUUGUUUUGAGAGUCUUGGGAUAGAUCCAGCUCUGUUGCAGAGGUAUGAUGGUCCCAUCUACGGGUUCAACAACCAACCAGUUCCAGUCGAGGGAGUACUUACCAUGAAUGUUGCAUUUGUGAGUGGCCGAAGUUAUGUGACCCCUACAGUGAGGUUUUUAGUGGUCAAAAUGGCGUCUUCUUUCAACGUUGUUAUUGGCCGACCUACACUAACUGAGAUUCGAGCCGUGGUUUCCCAGUCUCAUCUGUGCAUGAAAUUCCCAACUCCUAUGGGAAUAGCAACACUGCGAGGCAACCAGGAGGUAGCCCGGCAUUGCUAUAUCACCUCGAUAACACAGCCUCAGAAGGGCAAGACUCAGACACCCGAGAUUAAUCCCAAACAGAUACCUGAUGAUCGGCAAGUUAUGGGUGUCGAAAUAGUAGAUAACCGACCUGAAGAUGAAACCAGAGCUGCUCCGGUUGAAGAUGUGGAGGAGGUACAGAUUGAUGACAGAGAUCCGAGCAGAAAAACGCAAAUUGGGACUAAAUUGAACUCGGAGGAAAGAGCAGAGUUAAUAGCUUUUCUUCGGGCCAAUAACGAUGUUUUUGCAUGGACUUCAGCAGAUAUGCCAGGAAUCCCCAUUUCAGUUUUUCAACAUAAACUCAGCACCAAUCCCCUCAAGAAACCAGUAGUCCAGAAGCGACGUCUCUUCGGGGGGGGGAGGCUAAAGGUUAUUAAAGAAGAAGUCGAGAAACUCUUACAAGCCGGCUUUGUCAGGAGGGUAGAUUACUGUGAGUGGGUCGCCAAUCCGGUGUUGGUGAAGAAAGCAAAUGGUAAAUGGCGGAUAUCUGCAAUCCGAGCUCAGGCACUGGCAGAUUUUAUUGUAGAAUGCACUCCAGGUAAUUCCAUUCCUACUCUGGAGCCUAAUGACUGGACCUUAUAUGUUGAUGGGGCAUCUAGUAGCAAAGGUUCAGGGGCUGGUGCUCUCUUGAUUGGCCCAGAUGGAUACCGAAGUGAACAUGCUUUGAAAUUCAACUUCGACGCAACGAACAACAUGGCCGAGUAUGAAGCCCUGCUACUUGGUCUGCAGCUAGCAUUGGAGUUAAAACUCAGUGCGAUCCAGGUAUACAGUGACUCCCAGCUGGUGGUGAACCAAAUUAACUCAAUCUGCGAAGUCGUUGAUCCUGUAAUGGUGAAAUAUGUGGCUCUGAUAGCCGAGCUGAAGUGCAAGUUCCAGAAAUUCUGUCUGAGCAAAAUCCCCCGAACUGAAAAUGAGCAGGCAGAUUCACUCUCUAAAUUUGCCUCUGAUAGUUCUUCACAUUCCAGAUCAGUUUUUGUAGAGGUCUUAGAUGAACCAAGCUUCGUGAAGCCACGGGUGAUGGAGAUCAGCACCGACCCAGACACACCAAGCUGGACUGACCCAAUUCUCUCCUUCUUACGAGAUGGGAUAGUGCCUGAGGACAGGCAGGAGGCAAUGAAGUUGAGGAGAAAAGCAUCCCGGUAUACACUUGUUGAUGGGGUUCUUUACAAGCGAUCUUUUUCUCUACCUCUUCUGCGGUGCUUGAAUCCCUAUGAAGUAGAAUAUGCACUUCGGGAGGUGCAUGAAGGUGUCUGCGGAAGUCACGUGGGUGCUCGAACCUUGGCUCAUAAGGUCCUUAGACAGGGUUAUUAUUGGCCCAACAUGUACAAGGAUGCCACUCACUUUGUUCAGAGAUGUUUGAAAUGCCAGUUCUUUGCGCACCUAACUCAUCAACUUGCAGAAGAGCUCACUACUCUGGUAGCACCAUGGCCAUUUGCUCAGUGGGGAUUGGAUCUUUUGGGCCCAUUCGUAAAAGGGGUUGGUGGUGUAACCCACCUGAUCGUAGGUGUAGAUUACUUCACAAAGUGGGUUGAAGCUCGGCCAAUAUCCAGUCUUACUUCCAAGAAAGUUGAAGACUUUGUUUUCAGCUCAAUCAUCUGCAGAUAUGGGAUCCCGAAUCAGAUUUUCACUUCGGUCUACCAUCUGGAGUCCAACGGCAUGGUCGAAUCCGUUAACAAGUGCAUCCUAGAAGGUAUAAAGCCGAGGCUGGAACAACACAAGGCCAAAUGGGCAGGCGAGCUCAACAAUGUUCUCUGGGCAUACAGAACAACGAGUCGAACUGCCACAGGCGAAACACCUUACCAUCUGGCCUUCGGAACCGAAGCAGUCAUUCCUGUCGAGAUCAGAGUCCCGAGCUUCAGGGUCACCCAUUUCGAUGAAGGACGAAAUGGACAGUUGCUUCGGGAGAACCUUGAUCUACUUGAUGACGUUAGAGAAGAAGCGCGACUUCGAACUCUAGUCUACAAGCAGAAGAUAGCAAACUUUUAUAACAGACGAGUUCGGCCCCGAACAUUCAAAAUAGGAGACCUUGUCCUUAGGAAAGCUGGUCUUACGGGGUUCGAAACUCGAUUCGGCAAGUUAGCACCGAACUGGGCAGGCCCCUACACUGUUGCCGAAGUGCCGCACCCAGGUGCUUAUAUCCUACGAGACACUGAAGGCAACCGGGUUCCCAGGGUCUGGAAUGUCAAUAAUUUGAAGAAGUUUUACCCUUAGUGCAUCUCUUUCCAGUAAACUUUGUCUCGUUUUUAUUUAUUCUAUUUGUGUCCGAACUCAAUUAAUAAACUCCACUUCACAUU